GUUUUUAUGGCAUUUCUAACAUCAUUUUUGGACAAUCCGGACGCAAGUAAACCAAAAGUUUGCAAUACCUCGGUCAAGGGCGACGUCUUUCUCUUGGUGGACAUCACGAAUAACUUGGCCAACGCGGGACAAGGAGUCAGCAACUUCAUUCAAUUCUUGAAGGCAUUGAUCAACAGGCUAACAGUUGGCGGAAAGGCCAUACGUAUAGGAAUCAUUUUCUACGAUGACAGAACCAUUCUGGUGUCCAACCUGACCUAUAAUGUUUCAGAAAUUCAACAGAAAAUCGCCGGAAUGCAGAGUGAUAGAGAUCCCGAGUCGUCCAAUUUGUACCAAGCGCUAAAAUUUCUAUUAUACAAGGGAUUCAAGAAGAAGGUUGGUUCCAGACCAGUACCUCGCAUUGGCCUGAUCAUCUCAAGCGAAUGGCCAAAUGUAGACGACGUGGACAAAGACGCUGUCCUGAAGUUGAAAAGUAUGGGGGUCAGGCUUCUCUAUGCCGGUGACAAAGGAAAAGACACCAUGACUAACUUCGUCUCCAAGCCGGCGAAAGAAAAUAUGUUCUUUCUGAGCCAGUAUGGUAUUGAUGCGAUCCAGAGCGCUUCGGUUAUUGCUUCGAAAAUAUGUGGACGACUGGCGAAGUUUCAGUCAAAAAGGACAACUGAGACCUCGUCAGUUGGGGCACCUUCAUCAUCAGCUGAGACGCCCAGUACAUCAUCAGCAACUGCGACAAAUAUACCACCAACUUGGGCGACAGGUACAUCAUCAAUUACUGGGAGGACAUAUACAUCAUCAACUGAGAUGCCUUUCUCUGCAACCGCCCCUGUCAGUGUUACGAUAUCACCGCGAGGAAAGAAACCCAUUUCUCAUGCUCCCGACGAAAGGACGCUUGUAACACCCACACCGGAGGCAGUCAACAAGAGCCAAAAGAAACCAGUUAUUUCUCCUGAUUCUCUUGACGGAAAAUUGUUUGUAACAUCCUCAACCCGAGAAGGCGACAAGAGCCCCAAGAAACACAAUUCCCGAUAUGAUUCUCCAGAAAUGGCGUUCGAACCAAAUGACCAGACCGUCAAAGCAAGAAUGAUGGAAGUGAAAGCACAGAUGGGUUUUCUGCCAAAUGCCUUGAAAGUAUUCGCUCGUCGUCCUGCCGAAUUCAAAACAUUUUUCAACCAUCACGAUACUUUGAUGGCUGACGGAAAGGGCAACUUGACGAAGACGGAUAAGGAAAUGAUAGCUAUUGCUACUGGUGCUGCUAACAAGUGCGUUUACUGCGUAAUUCAACACAGUGCGAUGCACCGGAACUACUCGAAGAACCCGCUACUGGCGGAGCAGAUUGCAACAAAUUGGAAGCAAGCAGAACUAAACAGUCGUCAAAAGUCUAUCCUUCGCUUUGCCAUGGCCGUAUGUCAUACAGAGACCAUAACGGAGAAACAUUUUAAGGAUUUAGAGAAGCAUGGGCUGACGAAAGAGGAUGCGUGGGACAUCGGAGCAAUUACAGCCUUCUACUCCAUGGAGAAUAGGAUAGCUCUUGUAGCAAAUGUUAAGCCGAAUAGGGAGUUCUAUGCAAUGGGGCGGGGUAUAAAGUCAACCUGAUGGUGGUUCUGGUUAGACUAAUGACUAAUGA